AUGAGAACCGUAUUGGAUCACCAUAUUAGACGCAAUCCUGAACCAGAGGGCGACGGCACAAUCACAAUCAAUGCAAACGUCGUCGGUUAUAAUCCGACUUUUACGGCUUCACCCGCAAGCAAUCUCGUGGUCAAGUCCUUAAUCAGGAAAAUAUACGAGAAGGUUAGUUCUACUGGCGAGACAACGUGCGCUAUUUGUUUGAAAGAGUUUAUUAACGGUGAAAGUAGAGUUGUGAAUUUACCUUGUGGUCAUGACUUUGACGAUGAGUGUCUCCUAACGUGGUUUAAGACCAAUCACACUUGUCCGCUGUGUCGUUUCAAGUUGCCGUGUGAAGAUCAAUAUUGAACUAAUUUGGCAACAAAAUUAGUUCGAGACUGUGGACUGGAUUUAGGGUUACUUCUUAUUGUAAUGCAGCUUUCCUUUUUCUACAGUACAUAUAAUUAAAUUCCC